GCCUAUAUAAGCUGGCAGGAAGCUGAACAGGACAACCACAACCACUCACCCCAGCUGAGGAACUGAAGUCUCUCACUGAAGUCCUAUAAUAACAUCACAAUGCGUGCCUCCGUCCUGUUCGUCGCCAUCGCACUGGUGUGCUGCGUUGCCGCUAUUCCUGAACCAGGCAGGCCCUACGGAGGAGGUGGAUUUGGCGGAGGGCGUCCAGUUGGAGGUGUGAGACCAGGUCUUGGUGGUUUGGGAGGAGUAGGGGGAGGACUGGGAGGAGGAUUUGGAGGAGUGCAUGGUGGUGUUGGAGGACUAGGGGGUGGACUAGGAGGUCUAGGGGGAGGACUUGGAGGAGGACUAGGGGGAGUUCAUGGAGGUGUAGGAGUUGGAGGCGUCCAUGGUGGAGUCAGGCCUGGAGGCUAUGGCAAAUAGAUGACCUAUGUCAAGCACAUGAAUAAUUUUGGAGGCCAGUAUUUUGCAUUUGCUCUACACUAACUACACUCAUGACUACAUUAGUUUCCACAAGACUGUCUCAGAUGCAAACAAUCAAGUGAAUAAUCAUAUGUAUAAAGAGCACAACUAAAAAGAUCUCAAAGAGCUCCACCUCCACUAGGCACAAAAAAUUCUAGACUCUCAUCUGGAUCCAUCGCUAAGCCUGACUGACUCAUUAUACAUCUCACAUAUUUCCUCCCACAAUGUUUGGUUGAUACCCAGUAAUUAGGUUUUCAUAUCUUGUAAACAGACAAACACAUUUCACCGAACAAACAUAAAAGUCUUCAUCCAUAAGCACAUUGUUUUUUAUAUUUUGUUGUUGUUAAAACACAUGUAAUUUGUGAAAAGUGUGAUGUAAAUUUUAUAGAAUAAAUAAUUUGUUUUCAUAA